AUGCUGUGGGUUGCUGCCAAGCUCAGUGCAGAUCUGUCCAAUUCCCAACUUUGCUUGAUCCAAGACGGAAUGGACCAGGCAAAGGUCCGUAUUCCACGAUGGGGUUACGGACGGAUUUCAAAGUCUUGUGAGAAGCUGUACCGCCCCGCGAUGCAUUUGGUGGCCAAUUGGGCCCAUGGCUGGCGGCUGACGAUUCACCUUAGCUGUGAGGACAUGAAGAAAGACAGUGUGACCAGCAUCGAGGUGCUUUGCAAAUCGCUUUGCGGCAUUCUUGAUGGGUGCGGUUCAAUGCCACUAGGCAUAUACCUACAACAUGACAAUACAUACAGGGAAGCCAAAAACAGGUACAUGUUGAAUUUUUUAUUGAUGCUGCAGCUCCUUGGUGCGGCAAGGGUCGUGGCCAUGGGAUUCCUCAGGGUAUCCCAUUCCCAUGAGGAUGUUGAUCAAGCAUUUGGCCAGAUUGCCAGACUGCUGGCUGGUAAGACUCUGAUGUCUGAUCAGGAGAUGCUGACUUUAUUGAACGAUUGUUUCAUGUCUGCUGCUGACCCUGGAGAGACUUCAGGCCGCCUGAGGGGUGCAAAUGCAGACGCUGUCAAACUAGACCAAGCAGCUUUAUGGAAGAACUUUGUGGGCCAAACCGGCCUGAGCUUCAAGGGGUUGCGCCAUGUGCACUUUUUCAAGUUUACUCUUCGCAAAGAUCUGGGUACCAGUGUUCUCGAUAACAUUCUGAAUCUGGAAGAGUAUGGCCGAGGGCAUGUUCCUCAUGAAAAUGAUGUCUUUUUGGUGACAAAACGCUGGCUGGCAGAUUCUGAAGUGCUUCGGGCCACAGUGGUUGUGCCCGCAUCUGUUGCGAGCCAAAUUCGGACCGGCUUCCAUCCACCAGCAGGAAUUGCAGAAAGAAGAGCUAUCGCAGAGAAUGUGCGCAAAAACCUUGCCAAAAGAGUUCCGAUUUUGAAGCGCAGUGGUGAAUUGACAGCUUCAGGCGCUGAAUAUUUGACACGAUGGAGUACUGCUACUUUGAAUCAUGAGCAAAGGAGGAAAGUUGAUGAGGACGUCGUCCAGGAGAUCCUCUUUGCAUCGGAAGAUGAAGGGGGAUGCCGUGGUGAGCAGUGCUCCGACACCAAUGAACUCCUGCUGGAAUCAGAUGUAGAAGAAGCAGUCGCAGCCCCAAGCGCACAGCAAAGUCAGCCGGAUGAGAAAUUGUCUGCCCUGGUUGUUGGAGCUUUCGUGGAGGACUUUGUGCACAAUCAGGUCUUUGCAGAUCUCCGAGAUCUUUUGGCCAAGAACCUGGGGCAUGUGAACUCGACCCUCCGGGUUGGCAGCCUUUUCUCUGGGUGGGGAGUUCUGGAGAUGGUGUGCCAGGAUUUGCAGAAAUGCUGGAAUUCGGUCCAGCCCAGUGGUUCUUCAUUGGAGGUUCAAUUGAAGUUCAUGGCCGAGCUUUGUCCCAGGAAGCAGAAGUACCUGUCCUCCAGAUUUCCUCAUGCGCACCUUUUUUGUGACGUGUCCGACAUGGGCAAGAAGUUUGCCAGAACUGCAAACGGAUGUUCUGAAGCUGUCGAUUUGCUGGUUGGUGGCUUUCCAUGUGUCUCCCUUUCAAUGUUGACAACGACUCCCGGAAGUGUGCUGGAUCCAGACUGCAGCAGUGGCAAAGGCUAUCUCGGAUUGGAAAAGUACGUGAGGUUUGACCUCAUAGAGAAGCGGUUCUCAAGUCUGGGGUAUCUUGUUUCUGGGGCGAUCUACAACGCGGCAGACUUCGGGGUCCCGCAGCAGAGGCGCCGUGCAUGGCUGCUGUGUGUCUUGAAGUCAGAGAUUGCCUGUGACGCUGCCAAGCUGGAAGCUGAUGUGAACCGAUUCCAGCGGAAGAAUGUCCCACUCUCUAGCUGUCUGAAUCUCAAAGAUUGGCCAAGUGUCAAUUCCAUGAAGGGCAAGGGUGGUAAGGGUGGCAACAAGUGGGAGGACAGCUUUGCAGAACAGUGCAAGAUCUUUGGGAAGGAGACACACGACAUGUUUUUGGAUUGCGUGUAUUUUCUUGAAUUGGAGUGA